AUGAUCAUUGAAGAAAAUGAAUUUGAUAAAUAAAUAGAAGAUCUUCUCAAUAAAGAAAAGACAGCUAGAUUAGCUAACAAUUUAGUUGAAACAUUGAAAAUUACUAAAUAAAUUGCUAAACUCUGUUUUGAUACUAAAUAAUACUCUAAAUUCAAUGAAUUAAUAAUAUAACUUAGUAAAAAGAGAGGAUAACCAAAAAAAGCAUAAAUUGAACUUGUUUAAAUGGCUAUGGUUGAAUUAAAAACUCUUCCAAUAAAUUAAAAAUUAGAAAUGAUUGAUGCCAUUAUGAAAGUAUGUGAAAAAAAGAUCUACUUAGAAGUAGAAUAUGCUCGAUGUGUUUUAAUGCUCACUUAAUAUAAAGAAGAUGAUAAUCAAAUUGCUGAUGCUGCUAAAAUAUUAUAAGAAGUAUAGGUUGAAACCUAUGGAUCAAUGGAUAAAAGAGAAAAAUUAGAAUUUAUACUCUAUCAAAUGAAAAUUAUGAUUAAAAAAUUAGAUUAUGUUAGAUUAUUCAUUAUCUCUAAAAAGAUUGAACCUAAAAACAUAGAAGAUGAUAAUAUUGCAGAUCUUAAAAUCAUUUAUUAUUCAUUUUUAGUUAUUUAUUAUAGACAUGAAAAUAAUUACAAAGAAACUGCUCAUGCUUAUUCAAAAAUACUUGAAUCAUUACAUAAAAAUAAAUAAUUAGAAGCAACCAAAGUAGAUUUUAAUUUUAGAAUUGAUUACAAUACAAUAUUAGAAAAUUAUUCUAUGUAUACUAUAUUGAGUUAAUAUUCUGAAGAAAAGGUAUUUAAAUAAUCAUAAUAUAGGAAAAAUAAUUAAAAUUCAUAAUUUCCACUUAUAAAUACAGUCUUGAAGCAUUGCCUAAUAUGUUAUAAUUAAUUUAAGCUUUUUUGGGAACAGAAUUAAUUAGUACCUUACCAUAAAGUCAUAAUAUUUAAGCUGCUGAGAUAUUUGAUGAGAAUAUUGAAAAUAAUAAACAAAGAUAUAUUGGUAUUUAAAUUAAUAUAUAACUUAUAGACUUUAGAAGAUAAUUGAUUCAUCAUAAUUUGAGAAUAUUUUAAAUCUAUUAUGAUUCAGUUUAUUUAAAUAGAAUAACAGAAUUAAUUGGAAUUAGUACAUAAGAAUUAGAAGAAGAAAUUUGCUUAAUGAUGGAUUAAAAAGUAUAGGAAUGAAAUUUAACCUAGUUAUUGAAUUGUAAAAUUGAUAGAAUAUUGGGAAUAGUUGAUUACUAAUUAAAAAAGAAUGAGAAUGAUGUUUUAUAAGAGUGGGGAGACAAUGUAAAUAAGGUUCUUAAUCUAAUUGAUCUUACAAGCAAUUUGAUUAAAAGAGAAGAAGAAUUAUUUUUGUGAG